UCUCAAAGAGACCUAAUCAUAAUACCUUUCAAAUUCGUUUAUUAAUUGGUUAUCUUUAUUACAAACAUUGUUUUACUGAUUAUCAUUCGGAUUUAUUUCAUUAAUUAUCAUUAAUUAAUUUAAUUGAUUAAAUCGUUAUUAAUUCCUUAUUACGAAUUUUUCGAAGGGUUUACGGGAAAUUUAUUUUUUUCCUGUUUGACUAGGUGUCUACAGUCCAUCAGUGGGACAGGGGAUUGUAUGUAUAUUGCUUGAUUGUUCUACCCCUGUUCCCACUCUACCUACCCCCCGGUAGUCUGUGAACACCGGCACCUCUCAAGUACCGCAUCAGUUCAGACUGAUGUCGACGGAACAGGACACCGGGGCACUGCCAUGGCGCAGUGCCAGGAUCGCAGUUCGUGCCCGCCCUGCGGUACCUCCAAGACCCAAGAGAUUCAGCAGACGGACGACUCCAGCGGCAUCAAGUACGGCAUUCAUAGUACAAGACACCACCGGAGAUUUUCCCGCAUGCCCGGUCCGAGAGGCCAGCGAGUCUUGGGCUGACUAUCGUGGGCGGCUACAGGCAUUUACAGACGCCGUAGCCGCUGCCGAGGCUCAACAGGCUGCGGCAGAGGCAGAACGUCAGCGGCUGGCCAACGAAGCGACAGCCGAAGCUCAGCUGACAGCUGAGACUGACGAAGUGGCACGAAACAGACGGAAUGCCGCCAGCACGGAGUCCCUGAUUGCUAGUGAGCAUCAGUGGACAACGUUACUCCAAGACAUGAUUUUUGUGCCUACGGAAACGCAGGCGGAACCGACACAGGCGGAGGCAGAGAAAAGUAACCUGGCUACCGUGAUGUUGAACGUAAUGAGGGGAGUAAUGUGGAACAACAAACUACUGCAGGCACACCUGCACGCGGAUCGUCAGCAAAGACAGCAGUACCAGCAAGACCUGGCCGCUGUAACGGUCGACGUCCGCGGCGCAGCAGUACAGCAGCAGCAACAGCAAUAGUUGAUGAACUCUACCAUCGCACGCGUCAACGGCAUUGAGGCCAAGGCCUCAGCAGCGCCAGGCUGCACGACGGACGCGACGAAGCAAGUCAAUGAACGCAUCGAUCACGU